AUGGCCUCCGAAAGCGACGUUCUGGUUUUUGAUAAUCUUGGCAAAGAGGGCAAGAUUUGGUCGCAUCAUGUACUCCGGGUUUUAUUCUCGCUCCAUUAUAAGGGAAUUCCCUAUUCACUCAAAGGAGUCGAGUAUCCCGACAUCAUCUCAACAUUUGCGCCGACGAGUCUGGAACCGAAAGAUGACCCUAUAGAGCCAUACGAAAUACCGGUGCUCAAGCUCCAGACAUCAACUGGCUCUGUGCGCUACGAAAUGAACAUUUCGAAAAUAAUCCAAGCCUUGGAAGAGCUGAAACCUGAACCAUCUCUCCGGUUUGAUACGCCGCGAAGUGUCGAAUACAGGACUCGUUUCGGACCAGCUUUUGCGCCGAUUCUUCAACUCGCCGUUGGACACGUGCCUCGAAUAUUAUCAGAGCGCAGCACAGUAGCGUUUUGCGAAAAGCGAAAACUGCGAUGGGGCAAAUCGGUAGAGCAGUGGGUUGAGGAGCAUCCUAUACAAGAAGGCCUGGCGAUCGCAGAGCCUCGACUCAGAGAGCUGGGCGAUUGGCUUGAUGCAGUUCCCGGGCCAUUUAUCGAUGGUGAUAGCCCUGGUUAUGCGGACUUCACCAUUACAAGCUUAUUGGUGUUUGUGAAAGCAGUUGGCUUGUCAGACGUUUUCGAAGCGGUGCUGGGCUUCCAUCCUGCGAUUCGGGGACUGUAUGACGCCGUUGGGUUGACUCAAAGAGGUAAUGUUUGGUGUCAGUACCUGUUUGAAGAUGGUGAAUAG